AUCUAUGCUUAGCCUUGAAACUGUUGAAGAACUUAAGAAGGAGUUAUCUCUGAUACCGGAAGGUAAACUUGAUGCUCAAAAAUUAUAUUGGAGACAGGAUGAUGAUGAUUUGACUUAUGCUUCCGGCAGUAAAUCUUCAUACCGUCCAAAAAAAAAGGUUCAGAGAACUGCCGAAGUUAUUGAACAGCGCAAAGAAAGAAUGGCUCUUGAACAAGGUUAUA